UUGGAGGGUCCAUCUUUUCGAGUUUGCUGGUUGUGGGUGACCUGCCGCUAAUCCUAAUGUUGAACAGGGAAUUGCAUGAUGAGUACUGGUGUAACCAUGGGUUUAUAUCGAGGGAGAUGAGUCGUGAAUGUCGUAGCCGCGAGGAAGGGAAGACGCGCCGGUGCGUCAUGAAGAAAAAGGUCAUUGUAAGCAGAGACAACGACCACAACAAUGGAUCUCGGCCCCAACAGUUCAACCCCGCCGGCAACCGUACAUUUUUGAAUCCAUCAACCCAUUACAACCCCCAGCCCCAUCAUCACCAUCCCAGCAACUCCAAGCCCCUCAACCCUCAGCCUAGUACCAUCACUCUUCUUCCCAUUAGCAGAUCCACCAGCACCGACAGCAGCACCACCUCCCCCAGCCUGAUUACCCCCUCCAUGACUCCCAUCGACGCCACCACUUGCACCCGUGUGGCCACUAGUACCUCUACUGUGCCCUCUGCCAUGUCCACCAUGACCUCCGUGACCGCCGUGAUGCUGGGUGUUCUCGUUUUGGUCGUCUUCGUCGAAAUUGGACAUAUCAACAUUGUCGUCGACUGCGUUGGCGGCAGAAGGACAAGGUGGUGAUAGAUGACUUAUCACGGGUGAAACAGACGGUGGUGUACCGGUCUGGAGUGAUGAGGCGGAAAUGGUUGUGGUGUUAUAUGGCACAGUCACUGAAGAGAAGCGGGCUUGAGGGUUG